GAGAGUCACAGUGUGAAGAGCCAAUAGAGAGAAAUAUCUAUUCACGCUUUCUUUCUCUCUUUGUAUCCCUACUUCGCCUCUGUUUCAUUUGCCCCUUUCUUUCUUCAAAAACCUCUGAACUCUUCUCUUAAAUCCUUAAUCUAACUCAAUCUUAAUGUUUCAUUAUUUAGAGUUCUUUUGAGUGCUUUAGCAGAUUCCAUUAUCUCUUAUAUCAUCACAACAACUUAUCCUCAUUUCUGAGAUCGUUGUUUGCAUGAUCACAGCUUUUUUAGGAAUUUUAAGAUAUCAUGGGUAGAGGUAGAGGAAAGGGUAAAAAGCUAAAUGUUACUAAUCAAGAGGAUGUUGCAAGUGGCGAAGAUGAAAAGGUUCCUGUACAGAAGAGAAGAGGGAGGCCACAGAAACCGUUAAAGGAAGAUUUUGACGAAGAAGUUGAGAAAAUAGAAGACGACGGCGAGAAUAUUAAGAAUGGUGUUUCUAACAAAGAGAUGAAGAGUACUACAGCAGCAGAACUUGCAAGGAAAAGAAAAAGAAACUCACAGGUAAAAGAGAAAUUAGAUUCAGUUGAGGAAGAAAAUGGUAUUGGAAGCCGAUCAAGUACGGAGGAGUUGGCAAAGUCCAAUGGAUUUAGGCAUAACGGAAGCAGGCGCAAAAGCACGCCUCGUAGAGCCGCCGAAGCUGGCGUGCAGUGCAAGUAAGAAUGAUGAAAGGUUGUGCAACAACUUUCUUCCUUUUCAUGUUAUUACCGGCUAAAAUAUGAUAUAGGAAGUGAGGCCUAGAAAUCUUAUCUUUGAUUUCUUUAAUUUAAUUUACAUGUUUUGCUUCUUUGUCCUUAUUUUUAUUUUCCUUUUUGUUUUGGUGGGACUGGUUUGAGGGUUUCCAUUUGGUGAUUCCCCUAACAUUAAAUCUUUUUUUUUUUUCAAUGUCAAUCAUGAAUUGGAGAAUUUAGUUGAAGUUUUAUAAUGCUAUAACACUUUCUUUGAAUUUAA